CGCCGAAUUUAAUUUGUAUUAGCAAGUUAUACAUCUCUUUCAAAUCAGUUCUUUAAAUGUCGACUCGAGUUUCAAGGAGUCCCGGACGAGUUCCGAGGGCUGCCAGAAAGUCCCGAAGUCCCGCCAGGAAAAGGAAUUCCAGCCCGGGUAGGGGAAGAAAAAAUAACACGACCCCUUCCCCUUCCAGAUCAAACAGUAGAGGACGACCACCGCAUAUCAGCAAAAGCAAUCCAAAAAUAAAAUCCACAAUUACUCCCCUUUUAAAGCAAGGAGCUUCUUCGGCCAUAUCAGCUGCUGCAUCUGCCGGCAAGCAGGUCAAAAGAGAAAUAAAGAAACUCAAAGAUUCGGUCAAUUCCGUUAUACCCAAAAUUGAUUUGGACACCCCUGAUUCCCUCUUCAAAAAUCGCCAUCAAAUUAAACAAAAUUUAGAGCACGAAUUGGAAGAGAUAUCACAAGUCGGCAGACAUGCUUACAAAUCUGCCAAAUCCAACCUCGUCAAAUACACGAAUCCCAAGCUAGAAUUUGGCGGGCCUUUAGGAAACUCCAUUCUCAUCGCCUUCUUACCAGCUUUCGUUAUAUACCUGCUUCAUUUGUGCGAUAAGAAAUAUUUUAGCUUAUGGAAAGUACCUCAUUUUCGCCUUGAACCUAUCCAUUACUUCGACACAUUCUCUCUCACGUGUUUUACAUGUUGGAUGCUGUUUCAUGCCAUAUUUUACUGCUUGCCUAUAGGUAGUCUUGCCACUGGUUUUCCUCUUUACAAUGGCCCGUCUUUAAAAUAUCGAUGCAAUGGCUUAUACGCGUACCUAAUUUCCAUGAUACUCUUUGGAAUGGCGGUAUUUUAUAAAUUGCCAGUGUGGAAAAUUUGCGAUCACGUAAUCCCCAUGGCAUGUUUAUCGAUCGCUUUUACCUUUCUCUUCUCCUUUUACUUGUUGACCAGAAGGCCGAAUGAUUGGGAAAAGCAAGAUCCCCAUUCUACUGAUAAAAUUCUGGAAAAUGAGCACGUUAAAGGUAAAACUAUAUAUCGUUACUUCAUGGGCCGAUUCAAAAAUCCCAGAAUUGGUAAGAUGUUUGACCUAAAGAUGUUUUUUGAAAUGAGGCCCGGAUUAAUUGGAUGGGUUAUAUUGGACCUUUGUUAUUUGGCUCAGAAGACUCAUGAUAGAAAGUUUAUAUCCAUUCCUUUGUUAGUUCUUUGCCUAUUUCACGCUUGGUACGUUUUGGAUGCUCAAUGGAACGAGGCCAGAGUUUUAUCUACUUGGGAUAUUAGGCACGAAAGUUUUGGUUUUAUGCUUCUAUUUGGUGAUAUUGUAUGGGUACCUUUCCUUUACAGCUUGCAAGCCAGGUACCUAUCACUGCAUACCGUCAUUUUACCUAAAUGGCAUUUGGGAUUGUGCAUAUUUCUUUAUGUUGUGGGUUACACGAUAUUUCGUAUGUCCAACUCAGACAAGGCAUUGUUUACAAGAUCACCAAAUCAUCCCAAAUUUUCUCACUACAGGGUAAUUCCAACAGGGGUUCAGGGCAAAAAACUAUUAGCUGGUGGUUUUUGGGGCUUGGUCAGGCAUCCCAACUAUCUGGGAGAUAUUAUAAUUGCCCUCUCGAUGUGCCUUUUAUCAGGCUUCCAUCAUGUCCUUCCGUACUUUUAUUUUGUCUUUUUGACCUGCCUACUCAUUCACAGGCAAAUCAGGGAUGAAGCAUGGUGCGCCAAUAAAUACGGAGCAGCAUGGAAUGAAUACAGAAGAAUCGUUAGGAGCAGAAUUAUUCCCUUCAUAUAUUAAGAUAUCGAUGGGGGAUAAAAGAAAAUUUAUUAGAAAUUGUAUAUAAUGCACUAUCAAUUUAUUUGUAACUUCUUGAUUUAAAUCUCUUAUUUUUUCAUUAAACUUAGACAACAACAAUUAUUAUUAUGACAUUUUGAAAUUUUCUGAAAAUUUUAGAUUUAAAAAAAAAUAAAUUAAAACUUAGAUUAUCAUUAUUAAAAUUUUAGACGGAGU